AUGGCUUUUUUCUUCGUCGAAGAAUCCACUUAUCAUCGGGCCAAUCAGUCGACUUCGCCUCACGACUCAUCUCAAUCAUUGGCAGUUAAGAAUGGAGAAAAGGAGAAAAGUUCACCAGAAGAAUUGGAACAUGUAACGUCAGCUGGCAUGCCUCCCAGAAAGAGCUUUCUAUCAACACUCGCUCCAUGGAGCGCUAUCGACCCAGAUGCAGAAUUCCUCAUGACGAUGCUGCGCUCCUUCACAUACUUUCUUGUCCCCGCUGUCUUCUGGGUCAUUGCUAGCUAUGGUAUACUGAUGGCCGCAUCUACACUUACAAAAAUUCUUGCUAAUCGGAUUCCAGGUCUUUACAUUGGUCUCGGAGCCCUGGCUUUCAAUUACACCUUCCCAAUCAAGAUUGUAGAGUCGCCAUAUAAUUGGAGCGAGGUGAGUCCCCAGCUUCUUGAAUCAAAUGAAUGGCCUCCUAAUCAAUACCAGACAAAUUCCGGCCUCAUAGCGAUAGCCUCAUUCAUCGGCUACCUCCUCGCCCUCCCAUUUACUUCAUCCUCAGACCGACUAGCCGCUUACCGAACGAAACGCAACCAUGGAAUUCGCGAAGCAGAAAUGCGUCUCCCAGCUUUGUUCCCGGUCAUGCUCCUCCCCCCGGCAGGGCUCAUUGUAUACGGCUUCACAGCUCAACGUAAUCUGCACUGGGUAGGAUACUUUGCCGGGGUUGCGAUGAACAUGUUCGGCUCGUAUUUCUAUUUUACGUUCACGCUAGCCUAUGCCGUGGAUUCAUAUUACGCUAAUACGUCCGAGAUGCUUAUUGCCAUGAACCUCGGCAAGCAGGCUAUAUCAUUCGGUAUGGGAUCUUACCUUUUAGAUUGGAUCUUGGAAAGGGGGUAUGCGGUGGUUAUAUCUGGUAUAUUCGGGGGUGUUCUACUGGCGAAUAAUUUGAUGGUCAUUGUCUUUGUUCUCUUUGGCAAAAGGAUUCGGAUAUGGACAGCUAACUCCUGGCUGGGAAGGUUGCACAAGAGAACUGCGACGAGGGAUAUGACACAUUAG